AAGCUCACAGAGGCAACGAAAAGGAGAGAGAGGGAGAGAGCUAGAGAAAGAAGGGGGAAAACUGGAGCGCGGCAUUGCGAGGCGACAGCAGCAAAAAGCAAGUCUUUCGCGAGGCCGGAGGCCGAGCCUCUGCGGCGUCGACGCGCGGAUAGACUGCUCUCGAACUCCCGCGAGAAGAGCAGCCACUGAGCCGCACCCGCCACUGAGCCAUGCCGCAUCCCCUCCCCAUCCUCCUCCUCCUCCUCCUCAGAAACGCACAAAGGAGAGGCGGACGCACACCGACGGCGGUUUGGCCUCGAUUUCCCUGAACAGCAAGCGCGGCUCACAACAGCGCCGCGAGGGUUCGUCGUCGCAGCUCGCGCCCGCCGCCGUGGCCGCGGGUGAACCCAAAAUAGUGGGCCUCAACGAUCCCGGUCGCCGACAAGGCGGUGGCGCAGCUCGUGCCGCCCUAGACUGGGGAGCGCGCGCCGGUGCCCAUCAGCGUUAACCGUCGCCCACCCCGGCGAGCCCGACUGUACGGCAGUGCAGCUCGGCGACAGGAACGGGCCGUUCCUUUCCUCCUGCUCCUCCUGGCUGUGUGUCGGUGUGUCGCACGUCUGUGCGUCCAGGAGGGUGAAACCUAGUUGCCGGUGGACCCGGAUUAGACGGCGUUGCGCCACCAUGUUUUGACGUCGUGCUCCGCCGACGACGCGGCUGGGCUCUUCAAGCGGGCUUUUCGAGAUUGUCGGUGGCGAAACGUGAGCGAGAACCGGGAAAGCGGCGCAGUUUAGCGGCGCGAAUUGUUUCGACGGGCGUGGUCGAGGAGAACCACGUGUUCUCGGGCCCCCGGUACCGCGGUUCGGUAUAGCUCCGAGGGAUGCGCGCGUCUUCGACAUUUUGCAGCAUCGUUUCGAUACUUUGCUCGCGUGUGUGCGCGUCUCUGUGACCGGGACAGAGUUUUGUCCCGCACCGAGUGUCGACGGACGUGUGUGAUGAUCCCACCACGUGACAACACCACGACGCCGGCGCCUCUGGCGGCCAGACGGUUGUCACCUGCUGGCGUUACCACACUUGCUUGGUUUUUGUAGUGAUUGAUGUCUUACGUGCGACGUGCUCUGCGUGAAGGCGAAGAGCCGGUCGGUUGACGACCUCUUCCCCGAAGCCAGCGGACGUCCACUGCCUCGUCCAGCUUCAUCGGCCAUAGUUCGGCAAAAAAAGCUACGGCAAUCGAGACGAUCCGGAAAUGUGGCUGGCGGCGCACCUCGUUCUGGCAGCCGGCCUGACCCAGGCGCUGGCCUCCAACUGGCGCAGCAUUCGAGGCGACCGGCUCAACGCCGGCCUCUGUCCGGACUCGGACGACGACCUCUGCUCGAACGGGCGACCCGACAGCACGCGGCUGGCCUGCAAGUGCGACUACGCGUGCGCCAAGUUCGGCGACUGCUGCGUGGACGCCCCGCGAAGUCCGAGCCGCGAGCCCACGCACGCCUGGCAGUGCCACCCGAGCGGUUUCUUCUCCCUCAGGGCGUGUCCCGCCCGCUGGCCCACCGACGACGCCGUGCGGCGACUGUGCGAGGGAUGGGAGGACAGGGGCGGCCCGGAGAACGACGACGACGACGCGGAAGUUCCUCCCGUCAAGCACUACCUGGAGGACGUGCCGGCCUUCUCGAGCGACUCGGAGCGCAUGUACUGGAACGUGUUCUGCGCCGCCUGCCACGGCGACGCCGUGCGGCUGGCCACGUGGCCCGCGAGCUUGGACUGCGACAGCGCUCCGCUCGGAGGUCGCGGUCCCGGUCCCGUGGUCAUCUUCGACGAGCGGUCUCUGCGGCAGCUCGUGGCCGUCGGCAACCUGAGCUACGUGGGCGACAACCGGUUCCUGGUGACCGACCGCAACGAGAAGCACCGCUGCAUGCUGCGGGUGCAGAGGUCCAGCUGGAAGCACUUCUCGCAGGCGCACCUGCUGCGGUCCUGCGCGUCGGGCGCCGAGGCGGCUCCGCGCUGCCGCAACGGCAGCGCCGAGCUGGCGUCCCGGUGCGGAGCCUACACGGCGUACGUGCACGACCGGGUGUCGCGGAGGAACUACCGCAACUACCACUGCGCGCUGUGCGACGUGACGCUCAAGCAGCGGCUCGCGUGCGGCGCGUACGCCGACGACCUGGAGCCCGAGGGCGCCGUGGUGUCGUACCAGUGGCAGAUCGAGUUCCGCGUGUGGCGGAACCCCGAGGACUCGCCGCUCGAGUGCCCCGACGACCGGCGCAUGCGGGACGACCUGACGGGCGCCUGCCUGCCGGUGGGCUGCGCGCCGGGCCUGGUGGCCGGGCCCGAAGGCAUGUGCGUGCCCGAGGACGUGGCGCAGCCGGACCCGUUCGACAAGCCGCCGCCCGCCUGCCCCGUCAUCCAGCUGAGGUCCAAGCACGUGGGCCUGCUGCGCAACGGGUCGCUGCUGCUCAACGUGAGCCGAGGGCAGGUGUUCGCCCCCGACCAGUUCCUCCUGGUGGCCGAGGUCAACGACCAGAACCGAACGAUCGGCUGGUACGCACUGGUCUGCGCCUGCCACCGCAUCAGCUUCAUGUGGACGCCCGCCCUGCUGUUCGUGGCGAGGCUGGCACUGGGCGUGUCCAUCCUCUGCCUCGCCGUCCUCCUGGUCACCAGGCUGCUCGAACUGCACGUGCGGCGCCACAAGAUGGCCGCCUGCCUCGCGGCGAGCGCCAUCUUGUCGCAGUUAACCCUCCUGCUCGAGCCUCACAUCGAGCCUUUCAGCCGGGGCUGCGCGGCCCUCGCCGUGGCCUGGCACUACUGGAACCUCGCCUGCGUCGCCUGGACCGUGGCGCUGUCCGGCGACGCGUACCGAGCCCUGCACGCGCUGCGUAGCAUGCGUCCGGACGGGCGCUCCAUACGCCAGCUAGGCCUACUCUGCUGGUUCAGUCCGGCGGCCAUAGUCGCCGCGGCGUUGGCCAUCGACAGACUGCAACCGGACUGGCCGCUGAGACCGCUGUACGGCGAGCCACUGUGCCUGCUCAACGAUUCCCUGGGCGCCGCGGUGUUUCUGGGCGUGCCCAUCGCCGCCAUGCUGCUGACGGCGGCCAUUCUGCUAAGCCUCGUCGCGCCGAGGCUCUGCGGGGGGCCGCCGCCGCAGACGAAGCCGGCCAAGGUCGAGUUCCGCGCCGACCGCGUCCGCUUCUUCCGGCUCGCGGCGAUCGUGCUGCUCGCGGUGGUCACGUGGUCGUCGCCGCCGCUUGCCGUGGCGCUGCGGAUGCACGAGCUGUGGUACGCGUUCUUCGGCUGCCUCGCCGCCCAGGGCGUGGUGGCGCUCGUGGCGUUCGCCCCGCUCGGCCGCCUGGCGGCCCGGCUGCGCGGCACGCGCUCGGCGGGCGUGCUGGUCGCGAGCACGUCGGUGGGCCACCUGUCCGACCCGCAGCAGGUACCGCCGCUGGCCGCCACUACGGUGCCGGCCGACGCCGGGACGGGGCCGUACCGCAAGCGUCAGCCGUCGCAGGGGGCGGCGGUGGCAGUGGCGGCGCAGCAACACAGUUCGCCCACCAGGCGCUCGUCGUGCAAGCCUAACCUCGAGCGCCGAUUCAGCAACAAGAGGCCGUUGGUCAUUGAGGACGAGUUGGAGAACAACGGCAAGGCUUGACUUUGGGAGGCGUGAAUGCGCGGUGGACGCUUAUUCUCGGCCGUGUCGAUCGUGCCGGCGCAAAAACGCGCCCAGUGUGCCACACAACAGGCGUGCAAUAUACAAAUCUCGCGGAAGAGCUCGCAGGGGGCACCGGUAGUCGGCCUGACAGGCGGGCCCCGAGACAUCGUCGAUAUCGACGUGUCUGUUAUAUCGGUGCAGCCUUUCCGGAAAAAGAAAAUUCUUGCGCGUUAAGUCCGCGCAGCAAGCGUUGGAGUGCUUCAGGAGCUCGCUGGAAAGCGUGCAAAUUCCUCUGACGUGUUUUUCAAAGCUCCGACGACACGCACUUUCACUUCAUAAUACACUUGAAAAGUGGUUCUACCUAGUCAUGCGUACUUGCUACAUAGCUAGGUACAGCGCCUCUAAUUCAGCCUUUCCACGUAGUGGGUACAACGCGCGCCCCCUACGUUCUCUAUGAUCAAGAGAGAAAGUUUAAUGGUGUCAGGAGAGGUGGCCUGGCGACAGGCUUGGCAUGAUAAUCCAUGUGUAUUGGUGAGAAAUCAAAGAAAGGAAGUGAUGAAAAAAAAAGCCAGUGGCACAUUCUGGCCAUAUUCUGCACGUACGUGUAUAACUUGCAAGAAACUGCGUCGUACCGGAGUGCCGGCCAGAGGACAGUCUCGCACGUGCGAUUUCUCUUGGUCGCUAAAGUGGAUUAGUAUAGUAAACGCUGGUCAGCCGCCUCAUAUGUACAUUUUGUCCAAAGCACUCGAGGUAGGACCGUGUCAGUAAGAGAUAAGAAAUGUUACAAGCCACGCCCUCUGUGCAAUGUUCCUUACACCAAAAGACACGUAAAACGAUUUCGCAAACGGAGAGAGACGCAGCGAUCGAGUACGGAUGCAUAGAUUCCGAUCGCGAAGGACUAAUAAAAGCAGCGAGUGACCGCCAUGCUACGCGAUGAAAAUGGCAAAUGCAAAGACCCACGCCUCAAACGGGACCCGGCGACUUGGUAGGGACGUUUCGGCGCAAGCCAAUUUUGCCGUGUUCACAUUCUUCGAGCUUCGACGUCGAACUAAACAGCCACCUUCGCCAUUAACAAGUUUGCUCCCCUGCUGCACAGCUAUACGCGGACAUUCUUCGCCUUCGAUCGCCAAGUGUGCGCCUUCGUCAUGCAUAAAUGCCUGGUGUGUGAUAUGGACCAAUGCAAAGUGUGUUACGUGUGCGCUAUUGUGACAGCCAAGAGCAUAUCUGCGGUUUUUUUUAUAUAGUUUCGUUUUCAACUCCCAUUCUCUUAUACUCAUUUUUGUCACUACGAGGUGAAUUCUCGCUGAAUAUCCCGAAGGUUGUGAACUCAUUCGAGGCGUCGGCAAGCCCUUCGGAAAUCGUUGAUGGUGUUAUGGUAUGGCGGUGCCCGAUUCACAGGCCGGCAAAUGUGCCGGCAAGUCGCAAAGCCCGGAGUGACGUAGUAACGCGAAUAGCCGCAAUACGCAUGGUAUGUAGGCGCGUGGAGUAGGCUUCGAGAGCCACUGAACAGUUUGCUAUGAUGCAAGUUCACUCUUCUAUAACUCUUCGCUUUCGUUCGGCUGUGGAAUUACUCACUGAACACCCUUAGCGCUUGUUCGUCCGGAAAUUUGCUCGCGACACACCUUCCAUAAUGUGCUAAAACCCCUUCCAUACAAGCUUUCGCCGACCAUGGUAAAAGGGGCGGUGGCGUGUAGAUGAAGGGGCUUUUACCCUUCGCACCUGCCCGCCUGAAAAAUCACUCUUCUGUGACUCCCCUAACGUUGUUGUCCAGAGAAUCACCUUUGCCCUCUAGCCACCAUACCUCCGCGUAACUCCUCUUGCGAUUCUUUCGCUGGACAUUUUAUUUUUUUUCCUACGGCGUUUGCUCGGCAGGAUGAUUCGACUCGGUAGCAGGAAAAAUCGCAAUUCACCAAACGACGAAAGUGGAUAUACGUACUUAUACCACCGCAAACUUCGCGAUCUGCCUCUCAUUGCCGGUUUCGAUCCUUUAUAUCUGAAACAAACCUGCCACUUUGAUGUUAGAAUUCAUUUCUUGUUGAUCUACGAUUGUCAGUUCUCGGGUAAUAGUAGCGGUCGAAAUCUGUGACGUCACAGGGAGUCACUUAGAUAGAUAAAUAAACUUUAUUAAAAGAAUAAUCAGAAGAAUCGCUAAUAUUCGGGGCCCCUGAGCUGAGAAGAUGGCUCUUGUCAUCUUCUCAGCUCUCUGUAUUAGCUUGAGCUGGUCGUCGAGGGCCGAGCUGGACAGCAGUGCCUCCCAUUGCUCCCUCGUGGUGUUCGUGUCUGGGUGUUCUAUGUUGUGUAGUGAGCACUCCCACGUAAUCUGAUACAGGUUUGGUGCGGCCCCGCAGCACGGGCAUUCGUCCCUGUAGGCUGUGGAUUGUAUGCGAUGUAAUAUGUGUGGGUUCGUGUACGCGCCUGUCUGGAGCCUAUACGCCAGGCAGCGGCAUCCUCUGUCUUUAGAUUUCGAUAGGGUGGUGGAUAUAUUGUCGAGAUCGCGAUGAAGGCGUCGCCCAGCAGUUCUCUCCCGUUUCACGUUUAAGCAACAAGGAGCCCUCUAUUCGACAAACACGAGUGAGUGCUACAGCUUACGACAGUGAUUUAGCAGUCUUGGCUGCUGAAUCUGUUAUCUCGAUCUGGAUCCACGUGGUUUUAUUUAUAGCGUCCCGUUAACAGAGAUAACAUCGCUGUCCAAGAGACCCAGACAGGAAUGCGCAAUACCGACUGCCUCGCCGUCGCGGUGCCUCGGCAGAUAACCUGGUGGGAAACAUUUUUGAGAGCACGUAUACGUCACCGCGCCGUUCCACCCCAGCGCGCAAAACUUGGACCACUCCCCCACGAAAGUUUGAAAAGCUUUGGUGGCCGCUUCUGGUGCACUUUAACGUGCUGGACCCAGGAGGCUUGAGUCUACCAGGAGGCCCGGACUUGGGCUUCAGUUACUUCGCCACUAAUAAAUGUUAUCUCUCUCUCUCUCUCUCUCUACCAUAUGCCAUCAUGGCGGAAUGCGUACGUCUGCCUUGUCCAAAACCCGUCUGCUAGCUGUCAGUGCAAAGCGUCGCAUCGCAAACCAGACGACGGCGAGGAAAGAGCCCAUAUUCUCUUGCCACAAACCUGCCGGGAAUCUAUCUAUACGAGCCGUCACGAAAAAAAGCGCGGCGCACACGCAUCGGCCUAGGGGAGGAGGACUGCGAGGUUUCUGGGGGAAAGGGAAAGACGGCUAGUAAACCUGCGAGUGCCCCGAAGUCAAGCAUGCGUGCAACGCACACGCGCGACACGUUUUCUAAAACCGAAAAGAGGCGCGCGCUCUAAAGAGCGGUUCAGAAAUACACACCCGUUCGUUGUUUUCUUUUCCUCCCCCAGCGUCGACGAGUAGGCACCAUCAGUCAGAAAAUGUGUGCUGGCGGCGGCACACCGCCGCCCCCACCAAAAAUAAAGCGAGGGUUUCGGCGAAGCUCGCGAGCGCGUUCAUGCGCAACCCCACGGCACCCCGACGCCAGAGAAAAAAGUUAUACUCACCCCGAGAGGUGCACGCACGUCUGUCGCGACGCCGAGUCAGCGCGAAGACGCAGUCAGUCCCCGUGGCGGACCGUGGUGGUGACGUCAGGCGCGCGAACACAAGACAAGCUCGUGGUGAAGCGUCCUUGCGUUCCGAAGUGGCUUCGGAGUUGUCGAAACGGUGUCUUCGACGAUGGCCUGGGGGUGCUAUUCUGGACACUCCCAAUUCUGCCACGUUGGCGUUUUGAGCCAAUCGGAGGGCCCCGUCACCCAAUCGGAGCCGACACGGAGGGAGUGAAAGAACAGGAGGGAGCGUCGCGUGACAACCCUGAAGCCCUGUGCUCCGUUCCAUACGUUGCAGUCAUCGCUGUGGAAGCUACGCAAGAAGUUAGGUCAAGUUAACACACUGCGCGUUCCAUCCAUGCCACGGUGGUAAUCCUUGCUUCGCUGCACGCCAACAGCUCGCUCCCGCGAGCAUGUAAGUGUGGCUCCUCGCGACGGCUUGCAAAUAAAAACCCAGAAAGUUCAGCAAAAAUGAUCUAAAACAAUGCAUUAGCAGCCACACACCACAGUGUGUUUGUUUCUAAGGAAUAAACCUUGUUUAAUUCAAUACUGAGCCUACAUAAACAAAUGUUGCGCACAAUUGUGCUAAAAAGACAUCGAACUAUAUUCAAGUGCGAACGAAGCCACCGGAAGAACCCUCCCUGGGCCGUCCAGCAGGUCUCGGCGGCUCUUGAAAGACAAAGGCCGAGCGAAACCGACGGAACGUUGCCCCACAGGGCGACCAACCGCGGGAGUAACACGCGCUGGAGUUGAGUAGAGACCACCCGCUGAGAAGACGUCAGGGCCCACGUCACGGGGCCAUUUAGUCAUGGUGUCGUUCUGCAGGCGACUACAUGAAGUUCUCUCUCUCUCUCUGGCCUCCACAGCUUCGACUCUUAAGUACAGAAUGGAGCAUGGAGGAAGGAAAACGAUAGGAAGGAGCCUACCGCAAGGCGAUUGAAGCCAACCUCGUUGCCCAACACGUAAUCGCGAAAUGCGAAAACACCCGUGUACUUAGAUUUAGGUGCACGUUAAAGAACCUCAGGUAGCCGAAAUUUCCAGAGUCGUCCACUACGACAUGCCUCAUAAUCAGAAAAUGGUUUUGGCACGUAAAACACCAUAAUUUAAUUCAAUUUAAACACGUGAUUGCACGUGUUUGCGAUUGGUUUUACAGUUCCCUCUCUGCAGGCAGAACCACGGCAGGGCAGCUUAACCAGCGCGCACGAAACAAAAACUACUAACAUAGCUACUGGGAAGCAAAUGUCUCAGAAAAUCUCGAUUCUUCCUCCGUGGUCUCGAAGGAGAAGGUCACAUGCUGGGCCACCACAGUGGCUUCGUGACGCAGUGCUCACUCCUAUACUUUUCCUUCCUCCAUGGAACAUAGUAUAGUCAUAAAAGAUAGAGGAAAGGCUCAUGGAAAAUAGACAGGCGGUAAUUUCUGGCCGAUAAACACGCGGAGGGUAUAAUGGGAGGAGAGAGAGUAGAGAGGGUGACGAAGGGGGUCACUAAAACCUACCACGAGUCCAACAAUGCCUUGAAAGGUCCACCAACCAAGAGGGCUUAUUUCCCAAGCGUCAGCGCGCAGAUGGGCCUUCGAAGGAGAGGGGGCGGAUUCAGAGGAGGCUGACUUGCCAAAGUUAGCCGCCUGACGUCAUUCUUCCACGGCUGGAAAGGUGCUGAAUUCGUCAAUAUGACGGAAUUUGACAGGGCCCAGAAUAACAGCCCCUUGGUUAGAGUAACGAGGUCGUUGAAGUUUCCAGAGGCGCACACUGCGCACGAGGUCCUUGUGGCAUUUUCAAGCUGUCUUGCAGGGUUCACAAGACGUUUUUAGUUAUGGCGGGCGCAUGGGAAAUUGGCAAUGUUCGCCGGCAUGCACGACAGAUUCAUGGCGACUUGGCUUGCUGUUUCUUUAGUUAUACCUCUGUAAGGUUGGGCAACUUACCAGUUGCAAGCCCGUUUGUCUGCUAACAUUCUUCAGCACGGUUGUGUAGUUUGCAAUCUGUGUACUCCGUCCACGCACAAUAUGCAAUGCUCUCGCGACUUUCGGCGCCACCAAACUUCACUCAUUAUCUCGUUUCGUUCACCUCUAAUCUUCUGCUUACAUCUCUGUCAGCUGUUUCUUUUUCGUCACCUGCUUACAAGUGUUGCAGCAUUAAACUUUCGCCGGAUGCCUGGCUAAUAAACGAUUAUAAACA